AUGAGUGUAAUUUCCAAGAUUGAGUUAACAGAUGUAGUUAGAGAAAAUGGAGUUUACUGUGAAUUCUGUAAGGCUUGGCGGCCAUUGAAUAGUUGGCAUUGCAAAAGAUGUAAUGCAUGCAUUUUGAGGAGAGACCAUCAUUGCACUUUCUUCAAUCGCUGUAUUGGGCAAGCCAAUAAAAGAUUCUAUAUCUUGUUCCUUGCCUAUGUUGCUAUAUCUAUGGCUUACGCUGCAUACUAUAACUACUAUUGGGUCGCUUCUAAAUAUGAAGAUGCUUACGGACCAAUAAUUACUAUUGCUCGUUUUAUGAACCCAUUGCUCCGGUACUUGACCAUGCAACAAAGGGGUGAUAAAGAGUUUUCUGUGGCUUAUUGGUGUUUGAACAUUGCUUUUGCUAUCUGGGCAGGUGUUCUUUUCGUAUACCACUUUAGGAAUGCUGUUAAUGGAGUGACUGCUCACGAAGCCAACCAUUUUCCGGAAUUAAAGAAUAAUAGUAAGUGGAAACAAAAUUUAGUUAACGUGUUUGGAAUAAAGUGGUACUGGGCAAUUGUGUGGCCAUUUUGUUCCAGUCCUUUACCGGAGCGUAUUAAAAUUGAAAAAGAGAGUUGA